UGAAUUAUUGUUGGAAGGUCUCGACAAAUGUUUAGAGAUGUUAAACCUGUCACCAUCGAGUUAUAAAAAUCUAGAAGAUGGUGAACGGACGGUGAACACCAAGAAGGUCUUACCAAGGAGGCCGUGGUAUGCUCCUUUAGACCCUUCUGAAAUAUUAAGGCAGCAGGAGUAUCAAGCGGGUUACGAAACCGACUAUCAAGGUGGACAGAACGAAGAAUACUAUGACAGUCGUGUAGAAUACGAAGAGCCAGCGAAGGCGCAACGUGUAGAGGCUCUUGAGCAAGUGGACAGUUCAGCUCCUACUUUCGAUCAGGCACCUACUGUGAGCUCUGUGUCCGGAUUCUCGACUGCUAAUGCCGUUAAUCUGAGAGAGGCGGCGUUAGUGGCUUUGGGCGGCGCAAGUGCAGCGUUGUUGUUGCUGAUCGUAAUGGCUGGAGUGUUCGUAGCGCGCCGACGCAAGAACAGCCCUUCCCCCGCCCCCUCACCGCCUAUCCUGGUCUACCCUCCUCAUGAUAUCUCAGCGCCUUGCUAUUUUACCAAGGAAGUGAAUUUCUCCCUGCCUACUUUGAGGUCAUCGUCGCUUGGUGAGCUUCGCGAUGCGGUGAGCGUCAACAGCCUUGGUAGUGAUGUGCUCUGCCCGCCGAUACCACCGCAACAUCGAUCCAAUUCUUUCACCAAUACCACCGACCUGGGAGUACUCGAUCCAUCUCUCUACAAACCGGAUUGCAUUGACGAAGAUCUGAUGUGGCCUGAAGGUCAUGUGGGUCGUGUAUGGUAUACUCUCAAGUAUGAAUCCAGUACCGAGAGGCUCCAAGUUACCAUCUUGAAGGCGAAGCACCUACCUUCACGCACUCCAGCGCUGGCCAAUGCUUGCGAUCCUUAUAUCAAACUCCAAUUGAUGCCAGACGAGCGAAGAGUGCUGCAGACGAAGCAAAAGAAAAAGACCUGCAAUCCGUUCUUCGAUGAAACUUUCAUUUACCAGAUACCACCAGGCAAGUUGGAAGGUUUGACCCUGAAGCUGUCAGUUUUGGACGCAGGACGAGUGGGGAAAGGCAAACAACUGAUCGGCCACAUCAUCUUGCCCCUCAGCGAGCUUGAAGGAGUUGCCCCUGAUGAAGAACCUCAGCUUUAUAAAAUGGACAUUGAGAAGGAUCUACAAGAGCUACCAUCGGAUUUGGGCGAAGUUCUCGUAUCGCUCCUGUACAACGAGAACCUUCAUCGGCUCACAGUCACCGUGAUUGAAGCCCGAGGCCUCAAGCUGGAUCCAUCGACCAGCAAGCGCGAGAUGGCAGUUCGAGUGACGCAAGAACGUGCGUGCCGAGGUGUGCGCGCGCGCCGAACAGCAGCAGUCGAAGUCGCCGACGACGGCAGCGCCCUGGUGUCUGAGUGCUUCCACUUCAGGCUUAGAGCGGACGAGUUGCAUACAACCAGCGUCACUGUGCAGGCUUUGCAACCACACUCGGUCUAUGCUAAAGAUCGCCUUAUCGGAAAAUUUGUACUGGGCUCGUAUAUGUUUGCAAGAGGUCGUGCUCUACAACAUUGGAACGCGGCCUUAGCGAGUCCUAUGGAGCAAGUGAAGCAAUGGCAUCCUCUCACCAACUAAACCGACAACCCGGCCAAUCAAACACGUACAACUGAUCUACUGUAGACGUUUGUAGUAAAUUUAUUUUAAAUUUAGCCGUAUAACAUCAGUGAGAUUGUACUUUAAUUAGGUGAAAAGUGAUAUUUUUUCGUUUUUCUAUUUAUCUAAAUACAAUAUUUAAAUCACAAUAUUGUGUAGAGUUAAUUUAUUUAUAUAAGUACAGAGCUCUGGCAGACCCAAAACGUCAUGAAUUUCCUUUAAUUUAUUCAUCGUUGCUGGCCUUUUAUGCAUCUAUUGCAGAUUAUUAAGGCGCCUUCAUAUUAGACACUUAUAAAAGCGCUGAGUGGCACCAUUGUGGCGCUGCAGCCUAAUAAAACUAAUUUUCAUAAAAUAUUUAGGCGCAGUAAACAAAUGAACUAAAAAUUAUUGAAGCGCCACAGUCGUGCCACUGUAGUGUUUCUACAAGCGUUUGAAGGUGCCCUUAAGCAACUUUUGUUCGUGGCUAAAUAAAAUAUGCCUGUAUGAGAGUGGCUGCCACGACCGCGUAUUUGAGAAAUUUGUGAAUGAUACUGGUGAUUUUUAAUUACGCUUUUAUCUGGUAAUCGCAAAUUUAUCUUAAAAAAAUUAUAUAUGUGUGUAACUAUAAAUAAACUAGAAC